GCCAUAUCUCUAUUCCAUUCUAUCUUUGGGUGGGGGUUCUUCACUAUUCGCUAAUUACUGUUGAUUGCAGAAUGGAGACUUCUCUUAGGUAUGCCGGAGAUUCCAAAUCGCUCAGAAUCCACGCCAAGGAAAAGUUUCCAAUUGCUGCCAAUACGUUCUGCCAACUUAAUGGGGAGCUGGACACGAAGAUUGGAGGGCCUACAUAUUUCAAUGCAAUGAUAAGACACUUCCAUCCAGAUUUCAAUGUUGGCUUUGGAGUUCAAUACAAUAGAAAUAGGAAGGUACACUAUAACGUACGAGGGAAGAAGGUAUUUCAAGCUACUGCUGACGGAUUGCUAAGCUUUGGGAUUAAAGGUCGAUCUGAGAUUAAUGAGGAAUUUAAGCAGAUACACUAUACUGGGGCUGCUGAAUUUAUUUGGACCAUCAUCAAUGUUAAAAAAGACCAGGAUUUGCGGCUCAAAUUAGGAUAUAAUGUCCUUGACAAGGUUCCAUAUUUUCAGAUGCGUGAAAAUAAUUGGACCAUUAAUGCUGAUGGAAAUUGUAGAUGGAAUGUGAGGUACGACCUCUGAGAUUGGAGGAACCGCUAUGCAUGCAACAAUUUCUUCCAGAAUUGAUACCAAGUUGCAUGAGCAUCGCCUCUUUAGGUCAUUUUUUCCAACCCACAAGAACAUAUAUAAAUGUUCCCCUGAGACUGAUUUUACAAAAUUAUGAGCAUUUAAAUCUUUUUUGGUUGCUAUUGCAUUUAUUUAUUGCAGCUGAUCUAUACACCAAAUAGUGUUUAAUAUUUUAGUUUAUGUUAACUCCCUAAUUUCUUUC